CAGAUUCACUCUGCUGGGUGAGGAGCAUGUGGCUCAUUAUCACACUGCAGCAACAAGUGGAGGACACUGUUUUCAUGACUGUUUUAUAUGUGUAAAUAUUUCAGGAAGUCAUCAUAUUCAGCGCCUGAAACAUGAGCAAACGAAAACUGAGUUUCAAAUGGUUCGGGAGCCUCACCAAUCUCACCACCCGCCGGCAGGCAGAGAAGGCCAACAUCAAGGCAGCCCCAGCAGAGCAUGAUGGGAGCCUUGGCGUUGCCAAAUCAGCAGCGGGAGACCAUUCGGUGGAUGACAUGGAGUCCUGCCUCCACAGCCCCAGCUACGCCCGAUCCAACGAAAUGUACACACACGUGGGCACUGUGCCCCGCAGCCAGAAGCGGAAGAACAGCUGCAAAGGGCUGAAGGAGAAGAAGAAGACGAAAGAGGAGGAGGGGGUGAGUGGAGGGCAGAGCCAGUGGAAGGCGGGGGACCAUGUCCGAGACUCCCCUCUGCUCAGUGCCCUGUCCAGCCUCAGUCUGGACCGGCCUCUGCCUGCCUCUGCACCGGCCCGGCCGCUGCCCGCCACCCCGUCACCCAGCAGGGCUUCACCUUUGACCUCAGCACCUAAAAGCAGCAUCGGUGAUCCUUCGGCGGACCCCUUCAAGAGCCAAGUGGCAUCGUCAAGGAGCAAGGAUGCUGGAACUGUAGGAGAGCCUUCAAACAUGGCAACUAAUGGCCCCAAAGUGGUUUCCCCGCAGGAUGUGUACGUGCCGAUGGACCCCAUAGCUGAAGCAGCUCGCAGACGUGUGGGCGACCACACAGAGAGGCAGGGAGGCGUCACACGUAAGCAGGAAACCACAAAGCUCGGCUCCCAGGAAGUGCAGAACCCUGACAGUCUGCAGGACUUGAUGGACAGCAAUGGAGAAUAUGUGAAGUUCUCCAAAGACAAGUUCUGGUUGGAGCCGCCGUCAGAGACGCUGAGGAAGCAGCUGGAGGAGGAGCUGAAGCUGAGCGGCAGCAACCUGAAGAGCCACGCCUGGUACCACGGACGCAUCCCCUGGGAGGUGUCGGAGAGCCUGGUGGUGAACCACGGCGACUUCCUCAUCAGAGACUCUCAGUCCAGUCAGGGCGACUUUGUCCUCACCAGCCACUGGGAGCAGAAAACACUUCACUUCCUCAUCAGGAAGACGGCGGUCCAGUCCAGCGAGACGUACACUCGGGUCCAGUACGGCCUGGAGGGCGAGGCCUUCGACUCUUUACCGGCUCUCGUUCACUUCUACGUGGGCAGCAGGGCGGCUCUGACCCGGUGGAGUGGAGCUCAGAUUCACCGGCCGGUCAACAGGAUGCUGCCUCUCAGCUACCUGGAGACGGCCUUCUGCACCGCCGUCAGCCCGCCGGCCUGCCACAGAGGGCUGAGGAACGGCGGCGUGGGAGGAGAGGAGAGGGUCUGUCCGAGAAGUCCUUCCUCUCUCCACCACAGGGAGGCAGAUGUAAACAGGGAGCAGGACGACCGGCCUCUGCUGACUGCUGGAGAAUCCUCUCUCUCUACUCUCUACAACACCCCACAGUCUAGAAGCCCUAGCCUUAGCCGGGCAGGCAGCGUGGCUCCAUCCCUCUCCAGGGGCUUGGAUACCGCCCGACCCCUUCCCUCCCCUAACAGCACCCUCCACAGACAGUGUAACGACAGACCCCAACCGCAUCUGAACCAGGACUCCCCAUCCUCUGACGCAGGUGGAAGCUGCUACACAGAGCUGUACCCCGGCCCUCAGAGCUACGUGGAGAGGCUGCGAGCGGAGGAAGGGCCAGUGGGCGUCGAUCCUCUGAGGGUGGAGGAUGGGAACUUGUACUUCUCACCGGUGGUGGAGACGGUCUCUUCUUUCAAACCGAGCAGGUACCAGUCGCCGCUGAUGCCCAAGGAGAAUAAGCCUUUGGAGGUGGGCAUCCUGCGGAGGGUGAAGGAGCUGCUGGCUGAGGUCGACCCCAGGACGGCAGCCAAACAUAUCACCAAGGCUGACUGCAUGGUGGCCAGAAUUCUGGAGGUGACUCCGGAGGUGCAAAGGAUGAUGGGAGUUAGUUCUGGGAUGGAGCUGCUCACAUUGCCGCAUGGCCAACAGUUGAGACUGGACCUGAUGGAGAGGUUCCAAACCAUGGCGACCACGUUGGCUGUGGAUGUCCUGGGCUGCACAGGGACGACUGAGGAGAGGGCCGGUCUGCUGCAUAAAAUCAUCCAAAUCGCUGCUGAGCUCAAGAGCACCAUGGGCAACAUGUUCGGCUUCGCUGCUGUCAUGAGAGCAUUAGAGCUGCCGCAGGUGUCCCGUCUGGAGCAAACCUGGACGGCGUUACGGCAGCGACACACAGAGGGCGCUAUUCUCUACGAGAAAACUCUGAGGCCGUUUAUGAAGAGUCUGAACGACGGGAGAGAAAGCUGUCCGCUGUCCAACACCACCUUCCCCCACGUCCUACCCCUCCUGUCUCUGCUGGAGAAGAGCAUGGCGGUGGGUGAGGGGACAGAGCCGUGGGAGACGGUGGAAGUCGGGGUGGACGUGGUCAUGUUCCACUUGGGGGCGGCGAGGACCAUCGCUCAGCUGGGGGGCAUCUACCGCUCCAACGCUGAGAGCAGACUACAAGGUUUCCAGGAGCAGGCUGAGGUCCUGGAGCUCUUCCUCACCGACUUCCAGAUGAGGCUGCUGUGGGGGAGCAGGGGAGCCGCGGAGAGCCAGGCUCUGCGAUACGCCAAGUUUGACCAGGUGCUGAGCGCCUUGUCCAACAAGCUGGAGCCGCCUGUCAGACCGUGCUGACCCCAGACCUGUUUUAAUGACUUUGAUGUUUAUCCGGGAAGAGCUUCCUGUCAUGCCUGUUGGACACGGAGCAGUUGGGGUUCUGGUGACUUGCUCUAGGGCAACUGGAAGGUCAUUAAAAGGGAGAGCAAGACGAUGUUUCAACCAGCCACAAACACACUUCAUAAGCAUCUAAACUCUAGACUCAAACAGUACGCCACCUCUGUCAGUCAACAUCUGCCCAAAUGUAACAGACUGUGAUGCACCUGGUUCUCUGGAGCUUGUUGGGAUUCAGAUUCCUGUUCAAAAGCACAUCAACGGGAUGAAUGUUAGCUUCAAACGUGUUGUCAUGCUAAAGGGUUCAUUUCUCAUACCAGUAUUUUAGCACCUUUGAAGCUGAGCAGGACUGAUCGAACCCAAGGCAGAGUGCUGCUUAAAUUAUACUGUACUAUAUGUUAAAGUCAGAGUUAGAGACAAGAAUUAGGAGUUUCCGGAAGAAACCACUAGAUGCAGGACGGUGGAGGCACUGGAAGUAUGAGGUAGUCAGACAGAAAAUACAAAGUAAGCAGCUUCCUGUCUGAUGGCGUCGCAGCUCCUGCUUUGGUGUACAUUUAUAAACUGCAUUCUCAUUUACCAUCCUCCUCACAGUCUCAUUUAUCACUAUCUAUAUUCCUAACCGAGGACCCACUUUAAUGUUUCAAAGUGCCAAUGAGUCAGCAAUCAACCUGAUGCUGCCAGCAUCUUUUAUUUGAUAUGUUUCUUACCAUCCAUCCCUGUGCCAGGCUCUGUUGUGCUUCUGUUCUGCAGAAAAAAAACCCCCAUUUUCCGUUAAAUGAAGCCUGUUUUCAUGAAAAUAGUCCCUGAGCUGAGGCUGUGCCUCAGUCUGCUCGGUUAAUGUAGAGAAAUGUGUUUGCCUGCCUGAAGGCUGGCCCUUCCUUAACUCGACAACUGUACGAACUGUAUGUCAUAUUGUACAACCCAAUAACAGAAUAACGUUGUAUCUACAUUUGCAUUUUUUGUAUCAUGUUUAUCGUCGUGUGUUAAUCAUUAGGAUUUUUUCCUAAUGAAUAGUGAAUAGUGAAUGAAAAGUGAAUAUUUAAUGAGAUUACAAAUGCUGUGAUCAGUGCCGGGAUCAGUUCACUUUCAGUUCAGAGGUUUAGUUUGUUUGUUUUUUUUAAACGUCCCCUUUUCUUCCUGUUUCCUUCCAAAUUAAAGCUGUACAGUUAAUCACAUUAUCACAAAUACUGUACCUCUCAUUAUCACUAUGUGAACUGGAAGUGAGUGAACUGAAAGUAAACUAACCACACGAGUACAGCUCACAGGUACAGAACAUUUCUAUUACCUUACAUAAUAUUAAUGAUUAAUAUUUAUCUAAAAUUGCAAAUAAACAUGUUUACCUCACUGUCAAGCCAGUUUAUUGGAUAAAACUGUCAUUUACAUGCCAUUUCUUGGCCUCCACUAAAGCUGACUCAUGCUGCAUAUUGUGAAAUAGAAAACCCAUACAUAAUUCUUUCUCACAAAAUUAUUAUUAUUAUUAUUAUUUUUAAAUGUAGGUGUUAUGAAAUUCGCCUAAAACGUUUUAUUACCCCUUACUGUAAUGUGUCACGAACAAAUGUCUUUUUUUGUGUGUGUGUAAAACUAUAUUGUUUUCUCAGUCUGGUCAGUUUUUCUAUAAAUACUCAAAAACACUUAAUUGCACCCUGGCUGUUUAAUAGACCAUUUCCACAUUAAUAGCACCCUCUACUGUAUAAAUCACAUUUUCUACUAUGUUCUGUUUUACUGUACUUUAUUUCUGUACAAGAUUACAGUUCAUUACAAAUAUGAAUGUUUUGAGUGUCUACAUUUUCUGUUGAAUCAUAUGAUAAUGAAACAGCUGUUUUCUAUGCUCCUACAACGUUUCUAUUUUAUUUUAUUCUACCACACAGUGACAUGUUUUGCAAAUAUGUCCAGUGUGUAAUUACAUAAAUUCAAAUUUGAAUAUAUUUAUAAUAAAAUACUGCAUAUACAGCGA